CUGCUUGUCAUUCAUUUAGUUAAGGUCACAUUAGUCUUCGAAUGUGCGUUAAGUUGUAGGACGAAUAUCGUUUAUCAUUUUUCUUAUGGCAUUGUUCUGCAGGAGUAUCUUGCUGGAGUCAUCUUACCUACCUCUGGUAUUGAUCUGGCGAUUUGCCAUUGGAUCUACAACAAUGCACAAUCGAUAGAGGACUUAUUUGUAUAUGAAGCGUGCAUUAGAGAUUUGAUGGGAAAUAGCACCACAUUUGGGAGGAUCAAAAUUUUACCUAAGGUGAGAAACGACGUAAAAUCAGAUCACUUGAGACAGCAUUGGAUUCGUUUCGACGUCUCUGACCCCACAAACGUGAAGAGCAAUCCGCCCUCUCUAAACACAACAUGGCACUACGACAAUAAUCUGAUAGCAACUCCCAGAGAAAUCAAGGAGCGGAUGCUAAAUUGUUCAAAAGCUGUCGAAGAAGAGCGGGCGGUAGCGAUGUCUAAGGUUCGAAAGCUAAGAAAAAGCUGGCUGACUAUGGAAAUUUGGAACGUCUCCAGUCUCGAGCCUUAUCUCUAA